AGAACAGAUGGGCCCGACCAAAGACAAGCUUGUACAGAAGUAAAAAAACACGGGCAUUGGAGCGCCUACUCGUGAACAUGAUCGUUCCGGAUAAUGCGACCCAUUUCCGUUGCCCGUCGACAUGCUUGAGACCACAAUGGGACUUUGAGAAAGGAAUCAUUCAGCAUUUUGUCGCGUGUUCGGGAACCCUUAAAUGCCGUGCUUGUCGGGGUGAUGCGGGUACUUGUGAUGGAACUUCCAUGGAAACCAAUGAAAUACUCAGCGUUUCCCCGGCCGCAGACAUCUUCGGAACUCCCGAAGAUUUGCUUGGCCGGAGUCUCCUGGGGGACAGUCUCCAUGGUCGCCAGCAUGAUGCAGACGGUGAUCCUUCAGAUGUGUGUCCUGCCGAUGUAUGGAGAGAUGAAAGACAGGUCUCCAGGACGCUUUGCCAACGUGGUUGGCUGCAGCUUCACGAUACUUUUUGUCAUUUGUGCCAGUUUCGCGGUGCUGGGCUACAUGAUUUUUGGUCCUGCGGUGAAGUCCAAUGUACUGCUUUCACUGCCAGCCAGUUUCUCUGGUAACUUGGCCCGACUCUUUGCAGGGGCCAGCGUGAUGGGUGUGUACCCUCUGAUCUUGAAGUCUAUGAUCGCGACCUUCCACCCUCCAGGCUAUGGAGGUGAAAGAAAUGUACACGUUGGCACAGGUGCUAUUGUGGCGGGAGUCUUGCUGACUUCCCUUUGCCUCAGCGACCUGGGUAAGCUGAACAUCAUCAAUGGUGCAAUGUCUACAGGCGUUUUCGUGGCAGUAGUGCCGUUCCUGGUUGGGUCACAUCUUCUGGAUCGGGUUCGAGAGUCGUUCUUCCUACGGAUUGCCUUGAUUUCACUUCUGAUCUUCGGGUUGCUGGGCAGUGCUUUGGCAAUCUUCUUGGAUGACAAUUACGACGAGAAAUUGAUCACCGCCUGUGUCUGGAAGACAUCUUCCUGACCUAGCCUGAGAGGAAUGGCAUAGGAGCAAAUAGGUGGGGCAGCUCAGGCCAGCGAAGAUUCGCAUGGUCUUCGGCUGCCUUCAUGUGUGACAAUAGUGCCUGCUCUUCUGUUCAUUUUCUGUGCAUGGUUGGUUGGUGUGGUCUGCUUACUUAUUGUCUGAGGAUCAGCUGCUGGCUCCUGUUGCCUGGACACCAUUUAGUAGCAAUGCAUGACCAUGCUAGGUUGUUCGUUUGUAGAGCAUCAUAGUCAUUGAUGUCUCGUGUGUGUGUGAAAACCAAGCAGCCAUGGCAGCAAACAGUUGUCAGGUGGCUCGGAAACUAUGGUUGGAUUGAGCUUGACCAAGGGUCGGUCGCUUGGUUGGUUGGUUCGCUGGUUUCACCCUCCACCGCACAUUGUAGCAAUGAAGGGAAAAGACGCCUGGCCGCCUUCGACUUGGAGUGAGAUCGGGUGAGUGAAGCUAGUGAUGGGUCCAUACCAAUAAGUUCCGA